ACGACAGAGGCAAACCGCAAGCCAUACCUCAAAAGUCGGAUUUGGACGGCAAAAUCCGCUCCCGAAAACUCUGGCUUUCAGGUUCCGUUACGUCGUACCUUAAUUUUCUGUUUGUUUCCCGAGAAAAUUUACGGAAAGAAAAACACAGAAUGCGUUUCACGAAAAUGAAAGCCAAACAGCCAAAAUAAUUGAAGGCUUUUAGUUAUAAGCUUCAAUUUCCUCGGAUCCCAAAAAUUUCAGAAUCCUCGGAGUUCCCAAAUAAAGAAAUUUCGCUUGGUUUUUUGUAUUUUUUUGCAAUGUUUUGUGAUUGAAACAUUGGAGAAGAUGAAAGUGAAGAACGAGAGGCAGAGUUGGGCGGCGGUGUCGCCGUCCGAGGUUGUCUAUCACUUCGGCACCAGUGGACUUUCCGUUGCGGCGGCCACCGCAGUAACUCAUCCUCUAGAUGUUCUCAAAGUUAGGCUGCAAAUGCAACUUGUUGGGCAGAAGGGUCCUCUCACUGGAAUGGGCCGGUUAUUUCUCCAUACUUUUAAAAAGGAAGGGCCAAGAUUUUUGUAUCUGGGAUUGACACCGGCAUUGACAAGGUCUGUUCUUUAUGGGGGUCUUCGUUUAGGCUUGUAUGAACCUUCAAAGUAUGCCUGCAAUUGGGCUUUUGGAUCCUCCAAUCUUUUUGCUAAGAUUGGGUCUGGAGGAUUUGCAGGUGCAAUUGCAACUGCAUUGACGAAUCCAGUUGAGGUUUUGAAGGUGCGGUUACAGAUGAAUCCAAACUUGAGUCCAACAGGAGAACUGCGUAGAAUUGUUACUGAAGAGGGAGCGAAAGCGCUUUGGAAGGGGGUUGGCCCUGCUAUGGCUAGAGCUGCUAUGUUGACUGCAUCACAACUAGCAACAUAUGACGAAACCAAGCUGACACUGAUUAGGUUGACAUCACUCGAAGAAGGAUUCCAUCUUCAUCUCAUCUCAAGCACAGUUGCAGGCUUGGUGAGUACCCUCGUAACUGCACCCGUGGACAUGGUAAAAACCCGUCUCAUGUUGCAACAGGAAUCUAAAAAGGCAGGAAACUAUAAAAAUGGAUUUCAUUGCGCAUACCAGGUUAUGCUUACAGAAGGUCCCAGGGGUCUUUACAAAGGGAGCCUUGCAACUUUUGCAAGACUGGGUCCACAAACUACAAUUACCUUCAUACUCUGCGAGAAGUUGCGUGAGCUUGCCGGAUUGAAUGCAAUCUAAGCCUCGGCAUUGGCAGCCUGCAAUCGCCCCCGCUUCUGGCUGCAAUGAGAAUUUUUUCGAAUCGGCAGGUAACGCACCCCUCAUUCCUGAAAACUCCGAUUUAGGGGAAGGGAAUUACUUGUACUUGUUCGGGCUAGAUUCGUCCCUUGCACGGCUCCCCGGGGUCUUGCCUGUCAGGUAAGGUUUGCUGCUUGGUGCGCUGCAACAUGAGUUUGCUAUUAGUUUGAAUGGUGCCUUUGUAGAGCUUUUGUUAGGCCUUGAGGCUCACAAUCAAAACUAAUAUAGAUCUGAGCGUGCCAUUGUUUCCUUUGUAUAACAUAUUGUUCUUUUUUGGUUUUUAACUGGGUUGAUUACUUGUGUCACAGGUUACUUAGACUUAUUGAUCUUACUGGAUUGUUACAGAUGGGUUAAGUUUGUAAUAAGGUUCUUUUUCUUGCCUUGUAAACAAGGACUUUUACUCAUGAUAUUAUAUGACCCAAUAAAGGAAGUUCAGGGCCCUUCCAACUA